AUGGAAGCGGGGGGGGAGGAGUACCGGAAGCAAAUGGGCCAAGCAUGCUGCCCUCCGGCCCAGGCCUCUGCCUCCCCCUGCAGCCCUCCAGCAAGGAGCCCCCGCAGCCUCCCGGGGCAGCCCCUGCCUUCACCCCCGAGUCCCCCGCGGGACUUCGUCCUCUGGUCCCUCUUCAACUUCGGCUUCCUCAACUGCUGCUGCCUGGGCUUCGCCGCCCUGGUCUUCACCAUCAAGUCAAGAGACCGCAAAGUUGUUGGAGAUCCUGAAGGCGCAGCUAGCUAUGGCAAGACAGCCAAAUGCCUGAAUAUCACUGCUCUGGUAGUAAGCCUCAUUUUGACAGUUAUCUUCAUCACGGUGUAUUACUUCGUUAUGGCCGCUUUUGUUCAACAAUUCCAGGAGAUGAUGAAGAAACAUCAGUAAUUGGAGCUGGAUCAAUGGGAAAUACAUCUUGUCUCCAGGAUCAUCUUCCUGGCAUUAUAGCCAUGCUCAACACUGCCAACUGUUUCUUCUGCUCCACUCUUUCACUGGCAAGGAAUCCGGCAUUCUACAAAACAUAGUUGCGAUGCAGAAAUGUAUGCUGUUACGUACAGCUCUGUAACCACUGCUUGCCUUACCAAUUGUGACAGGAGAUUUGGAGUGUGCCCUGUUGAAAUGAGUGCUGCCUUUUCUGUCCCAGGAUCUGGGUCUGUGGCCCUCCCAGUGCCUGUUGAUAAUGGAAGCCAUUGCUUUUCUGCCUUGUUUUUUAAUGUUUUGAUAAGCUUCUCAUUCAAUAUUUUAAGAUUUUUUAUAUACCAAUAUGAAGUGUGUGGCUUAUCUAAAUAAAAAAUAUAUAUAUCCUU